AUGAGUCUUUAUUCAAUUCAUGGAGGGACAACGAGCAAAGCUAACAAGAAUUUUAGUGGACAUGCUCAUAGAUCUCUCAAACCAGAAGGCAGAUUCAGCAAGGGUCAUGGAAAGCAUGUUGGUGAGGAUGGUAGAUCUGGAAAAGUACUCAUUGUCCAUGAAGUUGGAGAAUAUGCUGGCCAUGUAAUAUCUGGAGGACACGGAGGUGGUGGUGGUCAUGGCUGGCUAGGAGGUGGUCAUGGAGGUCAUGGAGGAGGUCACGGAGGACAUGGAGCAGGCCACGGGGGACAUGGAGGAGGCCACGGAGGACAUGCAGGAGGUAAUGGUGGACAUGGAGGCAGUGGUGGUCAUGGCUGGUUAGGAGGUGGACAUGGAGGACAAGGAGGAGGCCAUGGUGGACAUGGAGGAGGCCACGGUGGACAUGGAGGAGGCCACGGUGGACAUGGAGGAAGCCACGGUGGACAUGGAGGAAGUGGUGGUCAUGGCUGGUUAGGAGGUGGCCAUGGAGGACAAGGAGGAGGUCACGGUGGACAUGGAGGAGGCCACGAUGGACAUGGAGGAGGCCACGGUGGACAUGGAGGAAGUGGUGGUCAUGGAUGGUUAGGAGGUGGCCAUGGAAUAGGUCAUGGAGGAGGUCACGGGGGACAUGGAGGAGGCCACGGAGGACAUGGAGGGCAUGGAGGUCAUGGUUGGUUAGGAGGUGGUCAUGGUGGACAUGGAGGAAGUCACGGUGGUCAUGGAGGGCAUGGAGGUCAUGGUUGGUUAGGAGGUGGUCAUGGUGGACAUGGAGGAAGUCACGGGGGGCAUGGAGGAGGUCACGGAGGACAUGGAGGAGGUCAUGGGGGACAUGGAGGAGGCCACGGAGAUCAUGGAGGUGUUGGUGGUCAUGGCUGGUUAGGAGGUAUCCAUGGAAUAGGUCAUGGAGGAGGGCACGGAGGACAUGGAGGAGGCCACGGAGGUCAUGGAGGAGUUGGUGGGCACGGUAAUUAUGGCGGAGGGCUUGGAGGAAGCCACAGUGGGCAUGGAGGUGCUCAUGGAGGACAUGGAGGAAAUAAUGGAGGUGGCGGAAAAGUAAUCGCUGUACCAGUCAUUAACCAUGUUCCAGUUGUUAAACAUGUUCCAGUUGUUAAAAAUGUUAAAAUAGUGAAACACGUUCCUGUUGUGCAGCAUGUACCUGUUGUACAGCAUGUUGCUGUUGUCGCAGGAAAUGGCAAUGGUAUCGCUCACGGUGGGCAUGGUGGCGGAAUAGGUAAGGGAGGAUAUGGAAGUUGA